CCAUAACCUAUUAAUAGCUAAUUAAUGACGAACACGUGAAGCUUCUAGUGUUGAUUGGGAAGCAGGGAGUAUACUAAACGCCUCCUUCUGCAACUAGUGUUGCCUAUGAUAUCCAGGGGGCUUGAGCUACAUUCACCGAGCAAGCGUCUUUUUUGGCGAAAAUCUCAAUGCACAGGGAAUAUAAAUGCCCGUUUGUAGGAUUAACUGAUGUUACAACAUUACACGUUAAUAUAAAUUCAUAGCCUAGGUUUCAACACAAAACUGCUACAUGCAAACAGUUGAUCCAGUACUCGCACUACUUGGGGGAACCAGCUGUUGUUGAUAGAAUGUUUGUUUCUGCACGGAAUCUAAAACGGAACGGACGCUUUACACUUCGAACGGACCCGUUGAGUUGGUUGUUGGUGUCGCUACACGAUGACUGUUCUGUGUUGUAGACGAUGAAUGACUGGAGCCCUGUUGCGAAGGUCUAUGCCCCACUGAAGGCUGGGAGUAUAGAUGGCACAGAUGUGGAGCCCCAUGACCGCGCAGUCUGGCGUGCGAUGCAGGCGCGCUAUCGACCCAACAAGGGCGUUAGCGGAGACCCUCACCUCACCCUGUUCGUGGCGCGCCUACACCAGCACACCUCUGAGGAGAAGCUCCACCAGGUCUUUUCCAAAUAUGGAGACAUUCUCAAACUGCGUCUGGUGAGGGACGUCGUGACGGGCUUCUCCAAGGGAUAUGCCUUUGUGGAAUACAAGGAGGAACGGGCGGUGAAUCGUGCGCGGCGAGAUGCCAACAAGUUGGUGGUGGACCAGCACGAACUGUUUAUAGACUUUGAACAAGAGAGAACUCUUAAGGGCUGGAUCCCCCGGCGCUUGGGGGGAGGCCUUGGGGGCAGGAAGGAGUCUGGUCAGCUGAGGUUUGGUGGAAGAGACAGACCCUUCCGGAAACCAAUCAACCUGCCUCCAACUUUCAACCAGGACAGACCAGCUGAGAGAAGAUGGGAGAGAGGAGGUGAGAGAGAAGACUGGAUUAAGGAUAGACACAGAGGGGCUUCACCAGGCAGAGACUCUGGGUCUAUGGAGAGGAGAGAAGAGCGAGAGAGGGGCAUGGGAAGAAGAGAGGAGCAAGACAGAGGGAUAGACAAAAGAGAGGAGAGGGGGACGAGCUACAGAGACAAAGACCACUAUAGAGACAGGAGGGAUGAUAGACGACAGAGGGAUGACCGUUUUGAAAGAGAUUCAAAAAGAAGAAGAGAUGAGAAACAUUAUGUGGAAAAACACAGAGGAGACGAGAGGAGAUAAUCCAAAUAUAAAAUACGGUGAUCUUGAAGCCUUCAGCUCCUUUCCCAAAAGAGUCUUUAGGAAUUUUUGCCAUGUUACAAUCUCCUAGGAAUUCAGAUGGCCACGGGCCACAUAAGUGUGUGUAGGUGUGUGUCUUUUAUGCCUUAAAAAAAUGACACAGAAUAAACAUCAAGCUGGAUAUUUCAGUAACUUUAAUUUCUAUUGGAGCAUUGUAACCACUUUUAAAGCACAGGUAGAUAUGUGACCGUGUUAUGUUUAAAUAUGAUGGGUUGUUGUUGGAUUUAUUCACAAAGAUAGAAGUGAAUUAAAAAAAAUAUUUUCCCCCAAAUAAUUCCCACUCUCUCAUAUAUUGGUAAAAUAAAAAGAUGCCAGAACAGUUCAAAGAAGUAUAUCUACCUUGGGGAAUGGGUCUGUGACAAGUCAUACCCUUUUGGCCAUCUAAGCUCUAGAACUUGGACAUGCUUUUUAGCAGUGUGUUCAGCAGUGUAUAGUCCUCUAUUCCUUUAUAGUAUAUCUUAAUAAAAGAGAAAGCUGCAUGUUG